CAGUAAGUUUUUCUCGUGCCCACUGCUUAACGUGAGCAAUAGUCAGAGGGAGAGAGAGAGAGGCAGGAGGAGGAGGGGUGAGGGACAAAUUAAUCUUUGGCGACAGCGGUGGCAGAACACGAAGCGAUAUAGAGACAGUAAACCACUGCACCAUAGAUUUGACGUGUAAAAUCGCUUCAAACGCGAAGCGGAGAGAGAAUGGAUCUACCUGCCGUCGGGGAGCAUGUCUUCGCGGUGGAGGGCAUCGAGAAGAAGCGGCUAAGGAAGGGCAGAAUCGAAUAUCUGGUGAAGUGGCGAGGAUGGUCAGCCAAAUAUAACACAUGGGAACCCGAGGAGAACAUUUUGGACCCGCGGCUUCUUGUCGCUUUCCAAAACAGAGAGAGACAAGAGCAGUUGGUGGGAUAUCGCAAAAGAGGGCCCAAACCCAAGCACACCCUGGUCCAGCUACCUGCCUUUGCUCGCACAUCCAGCAUCCUAGGUGGUCUUCAGGACACAUCAUUGGACGAAGAGAACCAGCCCAAAGUGGACUCACUUCAGAUCCACCGACCACGGCCGCAACAUUACCAGAUGAACAGUAAAAAACACCAUCAGUACCUGCCCAGCUGCAAGGAAAUACCGGCAGAAGCGCACAUCCGCGGGAAAAAGAAACACUUCUACCAGCUAAAUAGCAAAAAGCAUCAUCAUUACCAGCCAGACCCUAAGAUGUAUGACCCACAGCUCACAGGACCCAAAGAGGCCAAGGGUCAAGAUCCUUCCAACAAAGGGUGGAACCUCCCUCCAGCCCUGCAACAGAAGUGGAUACGGAACAAAGACACAGGCUGCCUGAGCAAAGUGAAGGAUCAGUCUGUUGAGCCUAAAGGACUGCCGGAUAAUGCUAACAAAGCAGAGCGGGCACUUAAGACAAGUUCGAAAGAGUUUAUGCUUCCGAACAGCCUCCGCAGUAAGAUGAAAAUCAUCAAGAAUAAAAACAAAAACGGCCGAAUCGUCAUUGUGAUGAGCAAAUACAUGGACAAUGGUGUGCAUUCAUCUAGAGUUAAAAACAGGGACGCUUCUGGAGUGGAAAAAGCACAACACAAAGAGGAAUCUGUGAAGAAUCAUGCAGACAAUCAGUCUGAUGGUGACACAUCAGAUCAAGCAGAGGGCCAUAAGAAUGGUUCUAUUGAGAACAACUGUAAAGUUUCUCCUGCUAGUGAGUGUUUUCAUAAAGAGGUCCACGAAACGUUUGAACUUCCAAAGGCUAAGCCUAUGCAGACAGAACAAAAAUUGGACAUGGUAACCGAUCAGAUGGAAAUAUGUAAAUAUCAACGGAUCUCCUCAUCCAUGAUAGUGGAGAAGGCUUCGCUAUCCCACAUAGACACCAAUCUCAGUCACCGUAAGCGCACCCUUUCGGAACCCAGUGAGGAAGAAAGAGAUUGUAAGCAGUUCUUCAGUCAGAGGAGCAUCAGUGCACCAAGUACAGUUAUCUCGUCCCCUCAGACAGAACCUAUAAACUUGCAUUACAGAGGCUGGCAAACCAGCAGAAGUUGUAGUUAUGACUUCAACGACACAAUUCUCGAAGAGCCCAUUGACUUAAGCUGUGGUCCAACAAGAACUCUGAAACAGUUUCAGACAGAUGUUCCUUCUGCAAUGGACAAGGUUUCAGAAAGCCCUAAGAAGGCUCAGAACACAGACAACCAUUUUAAACCAUUUGUGGGAAACGUUAUAAUCACGGACAUCACUACGAAUUGCUUAACCGUGACCUUUAAGGAAUACGUUCCAGGACAAUGAAAGUUCAUUGGAUGAACCUGCUCAAAAUGGAUGCAUAUCAAAUGCACUGAUUAUAGCCAUUCCUGAAGACAUAUUUACAUGUUUAUUAAAGCAAAUAAACCAGUUAUAUAUAUAAUUGUCAAAUAAGAAAACUAUAUAUGUAGGGUUUAUUUGUUUAGACUGAAUGUGUUUUGUAAUGCAUAAUGGUCGGUAGUUUCAGGGUAAUUCAAAGGAAGGUGAAUUUGAAGCCACAUACCUGUACAGUGUUCAAUAUCUUGUAUAAAGCUUUGGAUUGUUAUGAAUUUUUACCGAUCUGAGGAAAUAGCUGCCUAAUGGAGAGAGCACCAGGGGCGGACUGGCCAUAGGGAGAACCGGGACUGUUCCCAGUGGGCUGGCCACGAAACGGCUGAACACCCCAAAUCACCCCCCCCCCCCCCCCCAAAGGGCAACAUCUUUUGGGCUGGUUUUUAGUUAAAUUUCAGGGAUGAUUUCUCUUCCCAGUCCGCCCAUGGAGAGCACACUGGUGAAAUUGAAGAAUUCACUGAAUCUUAAAGGAAUAUUUCAAGUACAAUACAAGUUAAGCUCAAUCGACAGAAUUUGAUCCAUGAAAAAAUAAUUUCGGUUCAUCCUUCCUUUUCUUCAAAAAAAAAAAAGCAAAAAUUGAGGUUACAGAGAGGCACUUACAAUGGAAGUGAAUAGGGCCACAUGGAGGGUUUAAAGGCAGAAAUGUGAAGCUUAUUCAUUUUUAAAAGUCCUUAUAUUAAUUCUUUUGUGAAAAAUUUGAGCUGUAAAGUUGUUUAAAUUGUCGUUUUUACAGUUGUUUUAAGUAUUAUUUAGGAUUAAUGGCAUUAUGUCGUCAUGGCAACGAAGUUGUAAAAUUGGAUAUAACUUUAAACUAAAAAGGUUUGUAAGCGAUUUUAUCACACUACAGUCAUGUUAACAUGCAUAUUGUUUACAUCUUGUGGCUAUACUUUUGAAACUUGUGAGUAUUUUAACAUUUGCAGAUUGGCCCCCAUUCACUUUCAUUGUAAGUGCCUCCCUGUUACCCAGCGUUAUGCUUUUUAAAAAAAAUAAAAAAUAAAGGGAGGCAAAAGUCGAAAUAAAUUGUUUUGGUAAUCAAUAUUAUGCCACAAAUUAUGUCGAUUAAGCUUAACUUGUAUUGAACCUGAAAUAUUUCUUUAAUGUUGAAUACACUUACCCACAACUUUUAAUGCCCAUGACAAUUGGAUAGUUUGAUUUAAAAGGACAUUGUGAAUCAACAUACCUUAAAUCAUCUUUUACAAAUGUAAGGACAGAAUUAUUCUCCGAUUGUUUUGGAUUUAAGACAUUUUCAGCACAUAUAAUCUAUUAAUCUUGAGAUGCUAAGAAAGGUGUCAUCAGAAAAGUACAGUAUAUGAAUGUAGCCCCCCCCCCCCCCAAAAAAGUAUUUUUGGAUAUUAGCAUAACAGAUUUUUGGGGCUGUUUUUGGAUAAUGACAUAUUUUACUCGAUUGGAUAGAAGCUGUUGACCUAUGAGGUCUUCUUUGUGCAAUUCUAGAUAAACAACUGGAUUGUUUGAUGUUCCCUACCCGUAAGACGUUUAAGUUGCACUUUAUUAUCUCUUGGAAAUGUUUUGAUAUUGAACUCAAUAAAAAUCCAAUAAAGGCCACAUCUGUAUUGCAGAAUGCAGAAUGACUCCAUAACAGCAGUAUGACUGAUUGAUUGGAUAUCAUCAUAACAUGCAAACAGUUUAAAAUGUUUGGUUACUGUAUGACAAAAUAGGAUUGAUGCUUACAUUGGACAGUGUCAUUCAAUAGCUUUAGCAUGUAUUGGAGUCUAAAUUUGCUGUCAAAGCAAGAUACACGCUGAGAUGUGUGUAAUGUGCAAAUUACACGAUAAUGCCAUCGAGGUUAAAGCUAUUUUGUAUGCGUAAUAUAUUAUGCAUUCAAUGCAUAAUAACCUGUCAUUUGAAAAUGUUUCUCAAAUCUAUAUUCAGAGUUGGGAGGGUUACUUUUGAAAUGUAUUCCACUACAGAUUACAGAUUACAUGCUGUAAAAUGUAAUUUGUAACAUAUUCCAUUAGAUUACUCAAGGUCAGUAACGUAUUCUAAAUACUUUGGAUUACUUCUUCAGCACUGGUAGAUUUUUUCACUUGUUUUGACUAUAAAAACUCUGUCAGUACAGUAAGACAAAAUACACAUGUUAAAAAUACAUUCUCUGAAAAACCGAAAUAUCUUAUGCAGUGUUGUUUCUAAAACAAGAUUAAUCAAACUGAUCAUGUUUUAAGGAUAUUUAAAGAUUUUUACAGGAAAACAAUAAAAAAAUUAUUAUCAAGAAUAUGAUUUUUGCCCUAAUAUCAAAGGUCUUACUAGAAAAAAAGAAAUUAUGAUCUAACGUGAAUUUUCUUGAUAAAAAAAUAUGAUUGUGCUGGUAACAUGUGCAUGUAAAAUGAAACAGCAUUUUAGCUUAGCGUAAAGCUGACAAUUUACACAAGGUUUAUUUCUAUUUCUUCUGCUCCAAACUUACUUCAAACUUACUUCUCUGUCUGCUCGUAUGAAUGUAACACAUCAUAAGAAAGUGUUUCACCGCUGUUCAAACGCACUUUGGAUCGCAUCAUUUAUAUGUAUAAAUGUUUUACAUCUGAAAGGACUAAAUAUUAAAUGAAACAAAUGACAAUAAAAUGCAAAGUAAUCUCUUCAGUAAUCAAAAUACUUUUUGAAUGUAACUGUAUUCUAAAUACCAAUGAUUUAAAUUGUAACUGUAGUGGAAUACAGUUACUUAUAUUCUGUAUUUCAAAUAUGUAAUCCCGUUACAUGUAUUCCGUUACUCCCCAACCCUGUA